AUGGCGGCCGAUAUUGCGGUUUUGUUGCCUAGCCGAUACGAAAUCGCUGAUUUUAACUCAUUCAAAUCUCAUUUAGCCGGAAAGAGAGGGAAUUGCACACCGUGCAUAAAAGUCCCUGAUGAUGUUAAAAGAAAAGUCUCUGAAAUACUGGAGAAUGCAAAGAAGAGCAAGGAGGAUAAGGAGACAAAGAUCCAUAAUUUGUUGAGUGAAGUGCAUAUAGGGGAGGAAGAGGAGGAGCAUAACUCCUUGACUACUCGAAGCUCGUCAUCCUCUUACAAGCCAGUAGGCCCAAUAGACUCCUUUGCUGCUCGUUCUCCCGAAGAGACCGCCCAAUUAGUAGCUAAGGGCAAACAACCAUCGAUGGACUCCAAGCUAAGAAAGAAGAAAAGGGAAGAUGUUAUGCAAUACAUUUCCAAAUGGUUCUUUGAAGCUGGCAUUCCAUUUCAUACAGCCACACUUCCCUCUUUUCAUCAAAUGCUACAAGCCGUGGGGAUGUUUGGAAGUCAUUUACAAGCUCCAUCAAUGUACGAGUUGAGUGAGACUUGCUUGCAGAGAGAGGUGGAUGCAACGAAUGAGAUUGUUGAGAACUUCAAGAAGACAUGCAUUGUCAAUGGUUGUUCCUUGAUGACUGAUGCUUGGAGUGAUCGAAAGUCUAGAAGUAUCAUGAACAUAGUUGUACACUCUGCCGGGAGGGCAUGUUUUUUGUCUUCACAUGAUACAUCGGCCGAUAAGCAUGAUGCUGACUAUAUUUGUGACUUUGUGGACAAGGCUAUUGAUGAGUUAGGGGAGGAAAAUGUGGUGCAGAUUGUCACUGAUGGAGCUUCAAAUAAUAUGGCGGCCUCUAAGAAAUUGGAGGAGAAGAGGAAAAACAUAUUUUGGACCACUUGCGCAGCGCACACCGUGAACUUGAUGUUAUGUGACAUAGCCAAGUUCAAACCCAUUCAUAAUGCCAUUACAAUGGGGAGGAGUGUAUCGGUAUUUAUAUAUAAUCAUACCAAGCCUCUUCAAUUGUUUAGAGAGUUUACUAAGGGUGAUCUUGUGAGACCGGGGGUUACAAGAUUUGCUACGACAUUCCUCUCACUGCAAUCAUUAAGGGAUCACAAGAAAGAGAUGAGGCGGAUGUUCAUCUCUGAUCAAUGGAUGGAUUGUAGCCUUUCAAGAACAACAGCGGGCAAAAAGGUUGCUGAGAUAGUUGCUAGCAACAAGUUCUGGGACAAUACAGACUUUGCCCUCAAAGUUUUCAAUCCUUUAGUGAAAGUUCUCCGGAGAGCCGAUGGUGAUAAAGUCCCAUCUAUGGGAUUUAUAUAUGGAGAUAUGUUGGUGGCCUUAGAAGAGUUGAAAGUAGCCCUUGGAAAUGAUGAGAAAAAAUAUAUUCCCAUAUUGAAAAUGAUUAAGCCAAGAUUCAAUAAGAAGCUUUGUGGUUCACUACAUAAAGCGGGCUACUACUUGAAUCCAUAUUUCUAUUAUCCGGCUUACACGGAAAUUGAAAAAGAUGGAACUUUCAUGACAUCCCUUGUAGAUUGUAUGCAUAAAAUCUUCCCAAAUGACCAUGCGACUUUCACAAAGAUUGGAGCUCAAUUACCUAAUUAUCAAGAACGUCUAGGGUCAUUUGGAAAUGAAUAUGCGAAGCGAGGAGCUUCUAAGGGUGAUUGUCCAGUUACAUGGUGGAGGCUUUAUGGGAAUGAUACUCCCGAAUUGAGAAAGAUGGCAAUGAGGAUUUUGGCCUUGACAACUAGCUCUUCGGCAUGUGAAAGAAAUUGGAGCACAUUUGAGAUGAUUCAUACUAAGAAGAGAAAUAGAUUAUCUCACAAAAAGCUUCAUGACCUCGUCUUUGUCAAAUUCAAUGCAAAAUUGAAGAACAAACAUGCUGUCAUAGAUAGAGAUCCUUUGUGCGCCUAUGAUGAUGAGGAAAUGGUCUCUGAAUGGUUGAUGGGUUCAAACGGGGAUGAUAGCGAUGAUGAAGUAUUUCCGGGAGAAUGUUUGACUUUUAGGCAAGUUGGUGACAUUUCAGGAGCUAAUCCAAGAAAGCGAAAAAGUGCACGAACGCAAACCUAUAAAAGAAAGAAAAUGUCGAUAUCAUCUUCUUCGAAGGGGAAGGAGCCGGUGGAGGAUGAUGAGGAAGAAGAUAUUGAGACAUCAUCAUCGGAGUCGAAUGAGGAGGAUAUUCUUACUCUUGAUUUUGAUGAGGAUUGA